AUGGGUAAGGAGUCUAAAGAGGUCUUCAACAACUUAGUGACCCUCAGCAAGAAGCUGGAGCUAGAUCUGCAAGAGGACAACUUCACUGAACUCCUUGCUGUGCAGUACGAGGAGCUCACUAGUGAGGACCUGAUGGAAUUAGAGGACCAGCAAAAAAAUGAAGAGAGCCAAGAGGCAGGUGUAACUAAAGAACCAAAGAGAUUCACAGCACAAGAAAUGACAAGGAGAUUUUCCUUGCUUGAGGCGCUGUUAGCUUUUGAGGCACAGGACCCCAAUACAUCACUGGAUCGUUUUUUCAAGAGGGUAGACAGAAUUGAAUCCAUCAAAAAACCUGUGUCACCAACAUCAAGUGGGACCAAAAUCCCAUCUCGCCCUCCAUCUCCUAUUGCUGAUGAUCCUUCAGCUCCACUGUCUUCCACACUGCCUCCUCCUCUAACAUCAUCAGGAUCUCAGAAAACAGAAGAGUGUCAAAAAUCAGUAACAGAGGUUGAGUCAAAACUGCAGCAGCGAUUGCUUUGCCUCGGGUACCGGAGGCAGACGCCCGCUGGGCUCCAGGUUACCCGCGGAGCCAGUUACCACGGCCCCGCCCCCCCGCGGGUCCCGGCGCGCCAGCCAAUCCGCUCGGGCCAUCCCCUUCCCAUCGGGCGCCCCGCCCCCGCGCCCGGGAGGUUGGGCCCCCGCGGUGUGACGCGAGCACGGCAGCUCCGCCCCCUGCGUCUCUGGCCUCGCUGGCCUUGGGGGGAUGGUUCCAUCAUGGCGUCAAUGCAGAAACGACUUCAGAAAGAACUGUUGGCUUUGCAGAAUGACCCGCCUCCUGGGAUGACUUUAAAUGAAAAGAGUGUUCAAAAUUCAAUCACACAGUGGAUUGUAGACAUGGAAGGUGCACCAGGUACCUUAUAUGAAGGAGAAAAAUUUCAACUUCUAUUUAAAUUUAGUAGUCGAUAUCCUUUUGACUCUCCUCAGGUCAUGUUUACUGGUGAAAAUAUUCCCGUUCAUCCUCAUGUUUAUAGCAAUGGUCAUAUCUGUUUAUCCAUUCUAACAGAAGACUGGUCCCCAGCGCUCUCAGUCCAGUCAGUUUGUCUUAGCAUUAUUAGCAUGCUUUCCAGCUGCAAAGAAAAGAGACGACCACCAGAUAAUUCUUUCUAUGUGCGAACAUGUAACAAGAAUCCAAAGAAAACAAAAUGGUGGUAUCAUGUUUUUGGAGCCGUGAGGGAUACAGAAGUUUGAUCAAUAUUGUCUUAACAUGCUUCAAAUAAAUCAGAUGUUCUCAGUGCAGCUGAGUCUUGGCGAGCAGUCAUGGGAAUCGGAAGGAAGCAGUAUAAAGAAGGCCCA